CCCACACGUGUCGGUGCUAUCUCUUUUACCUACAUAAUAGAUAGAUACCCACUAAGAAACGUCAUCCUUUCCUCGUUUCUUGUACUGUUUUCUCUUCCCAUUACUUGUGAGCAUAGCUGAGCGAAUGAAAUAAAAAGAAGAGAAGAGAAACGAAACUCGGGUUCUGCACCAUUUAAAAUUAUCCGUUCAGCUGUCUUCUAUUUCUCUCCAACUGGUAAUCCCCGAUGGGCCGUCGCUCUUCAACCGCAGUCACUGGGGUUGCUCGAGAUGAUUCAGACGAUGAACUUGGCAUCGACGACCACCCUUGGGAAUGGAUUUACCAACAAAGCCAAAGUUCUGUCUCGGCAACUAAGAAGAAGAGAAAUGACCAACACGACAUCAUCGGCGCCCGCAUGGGGACGUUUGAAUGCUAUGUCGGCGAUUGUGUUCUGUUGAAAGCGGAGGGUUCGAAUGAGGCAUGGGUAGCCAUCGUUGCCGGGUUCCGCGAAGCCGAUGAUGAUGGGGACAAGGCCGCUGAUUUCCUGUGGUUUUCCACCGAGAAGGAGAUCCGGAAUAGUGACCGAAAAAGAAAGGACUUCCUCCCGAACGAGCUUUAUAUUACACCAUCUUCUGAUGUGAACCCCUUAGCUUCCAUCAAUGGCAGGGCUGUGGUCAUGUCCCAGCAAGAGUUUCUCCGGAAAUACCCUAACGGCAAGGUCCCCCGUAACUCACCGGGCUACAACAAGACUUUCGUCUGCAGGAGAGGAUGCAACACGAGGACUUCAACGUACACAGACGAAUUCGUCUGGGAAGACGUCUAUUCUGGCAAAGAGGAUAUAGGCGUCUUGCUAGAAUUGGUGCAGAGCAAGACGAGGUCGACAAGGAAGCGCAACCACAAUGCGUCUCUAGAAGCCGACUAUGUUGUCACUCGGCCAGAACAGGAUGAUGAUUAUCAUUCUGAUGAUGCCGUUCGCCGAACAGUGACCACGCCAAGGAAACGACAAAAAACAACACGGGUAGUGACGCCUUCCAACCGUCGGGUUGUGGUGAAAAAGGCAUUGGAAUUCACCCCACUUGCCACCCGUACCCUUUCACCGAGUUAUCAUCAGUCGUCCCCCUUUCAAAUCGCAAGGGCCCAACUGCACGUUGCCUCAGUACCUAGUAGUCUACCUUGUCGGGAGUCUGAGUUCUCGUUGGUGUACUCACAUCUCGAGGCUGCUAUUACCGACGGGUCUGGCGCGUGUAUUUACAUAUCUGGUACGCCGGGAACUGGGAAGACAGCUACUGUACGAGAAGUGGUGUCAAAACUAGACGAAGCAGUGCGAUCCGACGAGCUCGACGACUUCAUCUUCGUCGAAAUCAAUGGCAUGAAGAUAACUGACCCGCACCAGUCGUAUGCCAUGCUCUGGGAAGCCCUGAAGGGACAACGCGUUAGCCCAAGCCAGGCGCUAGACCUCUUGGAGCGCGAGUUCAACAACCCGAGCCCUCGCCGAGUGCCUUGCGUCGUCUUGAUGGAUGAGCUAGAUCAGCUCGUCACCAAGAACCAGAGCGUCAUGUAUAACUUCUUCAACUGGCCGGGAUUAAGACAUUCCCGGCUGAUUGUGCUUGCCGUGGCUAAUACGAUGGAUCUUCCGGAGAGAACACUCAGCAAUAAAAUCAGCAGUCGCCUAGGACUGACCCGGAUCACCUUUCCAGGUUACAAUCACGAGCAGUUGAUGAAGAUAAUCCAGUCGCGGCUUGAAGGAGUGCCGGGGAACAUCGUCGAACCGGACGCCGUCCAAUUUGCCAGCCGAAAGGUCGCCGCUGUAAGUGGCGACGCGCGACGCGCUCUCGACAUUUGCCGACGAGCGGUGGAGCUAGCCGAAGCCGAAAUCAGGUCCACGGAAGCCGACCCAGCGACGCCGAGCAAGAGAGCAAGGGCAAAAGCGAGCGAAGCUGAGAAAAUGAAAAAUUCCAAGGGCAAGGUCACUAUCUCGACAGUCAAGCGAGCGAUCAACGAGGCGACCUCGAGUCCAUUGCAGCAAUACUUGCGCGCCCUUCCGUUCGCCUCCAAGCUAGUGCUCACGUCCCUACUUGUGAGGAACGAACGGACGGGUCUGCCCGACAGCACCUACGGCGACGUGAUGGAGGAGAUGAACCGGGCUCUCGUCAUCGACGCCGGGAGCCGGCGCGUUAACUUGCUUAAACGCACGGCGGAGAGGGAUUCCAGGAUGGACGUCACUACGCGAAGGGGAGAAGCAAGGCUUGUAAGGCCAGCAGGGAUUAGCGCUGCUGCCGUAGACUUGACUGGUGCCGGCAUUAUCAUACUGGAAGGCCAGAGGGCCGAGCGGCCAAGCAAGAUUCGGCUUGCCGUGGGUGACGAGGAGAUUAAACUUGCAUUCCGAGAUGACCCCGAAAUUAGGGCGUUGGGUAUAACAUUCUAGUUCAUAAUUUAUAAUACCAAAGUCAAGAUUCAUGACGUGAAUAUUUCCUAUUUGUCCACUCGUUCACUGACCCUCGC